CACGUGGAGGCCGCGCGCGAGCCACCUUAUCCGCCGCGGGUGCGAUUUCUGGUGGCGCUUACGACGCCGUGGUUCCUUCGUAGCUACCAACGUACGCCUAGCUAAGUCGCGCGCGGCCAUGGAAGCUCUCGCAUCGCCGCCCCGGGCUCUCUCCUCCAGCACGGCCUCGCCGGCUUCGGUGCUGGCCGCCACGGUGAAGUGGGCGUCGGCGUCGUCGGCCAGGCGACCAGCUGCCGGCCGUGUCAGCGCCAGCGCCGCCGAGCCUGCCGGAGAUGCGAAGCCAGCUGCGGCUGCGGCAGCGGCGUCCGGCUCCGCUGAUGCCGCGGCUCCGGCGCCCAAGAAGAUACUCAAGAAGAAACCGGUCUACUCCAUGAAAAAAGGGCAGAUUGUGCGUGUCGAGAAAGAGAAGUAUUUGAAUAGUAUCAAUUACCUGUCAGUGGGGCAUCCACCCUUCUACAAGGGGCUAGACUACAUCUACGAAAAUCGUGGCGAGGUUCUCGACAUCAGAAUCUUCGAGACAGGAGAGUAUGCCUUGGAUUUUAUAGAGAACACAACCAUCGCUAGCGAAACUACACUCAGCGCGCGAGCUCUUCGCUACAGCGGCGGCCAGCUCCUCGCUACGCGGGUGAGUUCGAGGGGCAGCCUCCUCCUAGUCCACGGGAGGCAGACCGGAGAUGUCACGGGGGCGCAGAUCGAGCUUUCGAUGGAGGACGACGACCACCUCGUCGCCUCUGGCCUCCCCCGCUGA